AUGAGCUCUCCGUGCCACAGUGAGAUGAUGCUUGCUGAAGAAGGGCAGAUUGUUCCUAAACCAGAAGAAGAAGUUGCACAAAAGAAAAAGAUAUCCCAGUGGCGCACGGGUGGUUCAGUGGAGUUAGCUGUAGCGACGAACAUGCAGAAGCCAACUCCAGAAAACUUUGAUGUAGAUGGUGGAAUCGAUCAAGAUAUAUUUGAUAUCAAUGAAGAAUUGGGGCUGGAUCUAUUUGAGGGAGACAUCAGACUUGAUGGGGCACAAGAUAGAAAUUCCAUCAUCGGAGAAAAAUACAGAUGGCCUCAUACCAUCCCAUAUGUUCUAGAAGAUAGCUUGGAAAUGAAUGCUAAGGGAGUUAUCCUUAACGCAUUUGAACGCUAUCGCCUAAAAACAUGCAUUGACUUCAAGCCUUGGACUGGAGAAGCUAACUAUAUAUCAGUGUUCAAGGGCAGUGGCUGCUGGUCUUCAGUGGGCAACAUGCAUGUUGGGAAGCAAGAACUCUCCAUCGGGGAGAAUUGUGACAGAAUAGCGACAGUUCAACACGAGUUCCUCCACGCCCUGGGGUUCUGGCAUGAGCAGUCUCGUUCCGAUCGGGAUGACUACGUCAUGAUAAUGUGGGACAGGAUUCUGUCAGGCAGAGAGCACAAUUUUAACACCUACGAUGACCAAGAAUCAGACUCCUUGAAUGUUCCCUAUGAUUACACGUCAGUAAUGCACUACAGUAAGACGGCUUUCCAAAAUGGAACAGAACCAACAAUUGUAACACGAAUCUCAGACUUCAUGGAUGUGAUCGGCCAGCGAAUGGAUUUCAGCGACUAUGAUCUCUUAAAGUUGAAUCGACUGUAUAAUUGCUCCUCUUCCUUGAGCUUUCUGGACUCGUGCAACUUUGAACUGGAAAACGUGUGCGGUAUGAUUCAAAGUUCAGGUGAUAGUGCUGACUGGCAACGGACUUCCCAGGUCCCCAGGGGCCCAGAGAGCGAUCACUCCAACAUGGGCCAGUGCAAAGGUUCUGGUUUCUUCAUGCAUUUCAACAGUAGCUCUGUAAGUGUGGGGGCCACAGCAGUACUGGAAAGUAGAACAUUCUACCCUAAAAGAGGAUUUCAGUGCUUGCAGUUUUAUUUAUAUAACAGUGGAAGUGAAAACGACCAACUGAACAUCUACAUCAGGGAGUAUUCCGCAGACAACGUGAAUGGCACUCUAAUGCUUGUGGAAGAAAUAAAAGAUAUACCCAUUGGAAGCUGGCAACUUUACCAUGUGACAUUGAAAGUGACCAACAAAUUUAGAGUGGUGUUUGGAGGGGUCAGAGGCACUGGUGCAUCAUUGGGUGGCCUGUCUCUUGAUGACAUCAAUCUUUCAGAAACACAGUGCCCUCAUCAUAUCUGGCAUAUAAAGAAUUUCACACAGAUUAUUGGCAGCUCGAAUGAAACUAUAUAUAGCCCUCCAUUUUAUUCUUCUAAAGGUUAUGCCUUCCAGAUUCAGUUGAAUCUGAAUCAUUCGACUAACGCAGGAAUAUAUUUCCACUUGAUCUCUGGAGCCAAUGAUGAUCAAUUACAAUGGCCAUGUCCUUGGCAACAAGCCACGAUGACACUUUUGGAUCAAAAUCCUGACAUUCGACAGCGUAUGUCCAACCAGCGGAGUAUAACUACAGACCCAUUUAUGACCACCGAUAAUGGAAACUAUUUUUGGGACAGGCCAUCCAAAGUGGGAUUAGUGGCUUUUUUCCCUAAUGGAACGGAGUUUAGAAGAGGUAUGGGCUUUGGAACCGCUGCCUUUAUAACCUACAAGAGGCUGAAAAGCAGAGAUUUUAUAAAAGGAGAUGAUGUUUAUAUCCUACUGACCGUGGAAGACAUAUCCCACCUUAAUUCUACACAAAUUCCACCAAUCCCAACCGCUAACAUCAAUGACCUCUGCACAAACUUCAAAUGUGAGAACGACGGCAUCUGCGUUGUCCGAAAUGGCAAGGCCGAGUGCAGGUGUCUGUCAGGGGAAGACUGGUGGUUCCUGGGCGAAAGGUGUGAGAGGAGAGGCUCCACCCAGGAUACCAUUGUCAUCGCUGCAUCUUCUACUGUUGCUGUGUUUGCUCUGAUGCUGAUAGUCACCCUCGUCAGUGUCUAUUGUACCAGAAAGAGAUAUCGUAGGAGGACAACUUCAAAUACAACAGACAUGACUCUGGAAAAUAGACAUCUCAAGAAUUCUUCCUUGACCGUUUGCUCCCAAACCCCAACAAUCCACGCCAAUAUGGCAGAAGAAGGUUUUUUUCCCCAACAAUAUUGUGUAGCCAUACUGGGUCCAAAUUUUACUUACAUACAUAAAUUAGAAAUAAGCCUACCCACCUUGCCCCUCAGGGACAAGGAGACUCGGAGCACCAUGAAGCGAGGCUUUAAUCGACCUUCCAAGAGGUGGUGUCUGAGGGACAGGCACACUCGGGGCAGUUAG